AUCAAAAAUUUGCUUGGACCAGUGGUAGUACAUGGAGGACUGUAGAUGUACAACAGCAUUCCUGUCCACCAUUAAAGCAAACUACUAUGAUGGCAAAAAGUUGCAAGCUAAAUUAUAACUUUCAUGUGAUUUCAAACCUGGGUAAGAUUUAUCAUCAAUAGUGGAAAUUAAGUACAACUUCAUACUUUUCUUGCUCCAUUUCUUCUAAAAAUUUACUGGUGCCUCAUCAACACAACACUGCACAUGACUCACUGUGCUUUAUCUAAAUCACAAGACGAGAAUGACCUGGGACAAAAGCUAUAUAUUUACCCCAAGAAAUGGAAAUAGAUUUCUGAGAAAAGAUGGCCUCAAUUAUUAGUUUGGCCUAUGGAUGGAAGGAAAGGCACAAACCCAUUAUGGCAACACCCAUGUAAUGAUCAGAGAGGCACAUGCCAAACUAGCAAAGAGCAAAGGGUCCCUUUUCCUCCCCCAUUGUUUUCCAGAGUGGUCCGGCCUCCCACACCUUAUCCUAUCCUCCCAAUAUUUCCAUCACUAACCUUGGUUAGAUCAAACCCAACUAGGGAAGUGCCCCUCCCCCACACUGAAAAGAGGUAAAAGAUUCCCAAGCCACACACCCUAUGCAACCACCUUCCAACCUCCUCCUCCUCUCCCACCCUAUAUAAUUUGAACCAAAGGCCCUCCCUUCCUUUGAGAAAACACUAGACUCAAAUUAACUCCCCACCUUUCCCUCUGUCACCCUCCCAACCACCACCUUUCCAACCCAAGCCUUAAGACCAAGACCAUACUCUCCAUCAAUGCCUUCAGUAAUGGAGACACCAGGAUUGGUGUCAUUGCUCCGGCACACGACCGAAGACCGCCGAACGAAGAUGGGCGGUGGAGGCGGCGGUGGUGGCGGUAUCUUUCGGAUGUUCAAGCUGCUCCCCAUGCUCACCUCCGGCUGCAAGAUGGUUGCUCUCUUAGGCAGGCCAAGCAAAGGAUUACUCUCGGACAAGGCCACCACCAUUACGUUAUUUGGAUACAGGAGAGGAAGGGUGAGCUUGGCCAUCCAAGAAGACCCCAGGUCUCCACCCGUCUUUCUUAUAGAACUCCCCAUGCUCACGAGCUCUCUUCACAAAGAAAUGGCAUCUGGAUUGGUGAAGAUUGCGCUGGAGAGCGAGACGAGAACUCAUAAGAAGAAGCUCAUUGAGGAGUACGUCUGGGCCGUUUACUGCAAUGGCCGGAAGUCGGGUUACUCGAUAAGGAGGAAGCAGAGCUCCGACGACGAGCGGCACGUCAUGCAGCUUCUAAGGGGUGUCUCCAUGGGUGCGGGGGUCUUGCCGUGUGAGAAGGAGACGGCGGAGGGGGAGCUGACCUACAUGAGAGCACGGUUCGAGAGGGUGGUGGGAUCGAAGGACUCCGAGGCGCUGUACAUGAUCAACCCCGACGGCACCGGCGGGCCGGAGUUGAGCAUCUUCCUUGUGAGGGUUAAGUGAUCGGAUUACUUGAGCUUGCUCUGCUUCUUGUGUGUAUAUAGGUCUCUUGGUCUUUGUAGAGAAAAUUAUAUUCUCUUCCAUCUUUUAGUUGGUUUCUGCAACCUUAGCUUUAUACGGACUUGGGAUGGAUAUUACGUACGAUGGUGGUGGCAAAUGUUGAGAAGACAACCUAGCAGUACUUCCUAUUUUUAGUAAUAUUUUAACAUUGAUUGGAUGAUGAUUUAACUUAAAAAA